AUGAGACACGCGUUCAAGUUUAUAUUUCCUGUGAGCAAGCGUUUAUUUCCUUGUGCGCAUGCGUGGGCAACUGCGUAUUUGUAUUAUUUGUUUGCCCGACAGUUUUUGUUUUUCUUUUCUUUUCUUCUUCGUCGUCCGUCCUCAUAUAAUCUAUCAUUAAAAGUUAAUUCUUCUAACGAACCACGUGACACUGAAAUGCGUUCAUUUUUCUCUCUUUUGAUCUUUUUCGUUUCCUUCUUUUUGCUAUUUCGUUUCCAUUCGUUCUUCCUCUCUCUCAUUCAGAAGUUCUUCAAUUAUUUCCUUGGAGUUUGGGCCAUUUUCUUUCUUUUCUUUCUUUCUUUCUUUCUUUCUUUCUUUCUUUCUUUUUCUCUUGGUACUUAUUUAAAUUCUUUCUUUUUUCUUUUUCGUUAUUCUCUUCUUAUAUGUUUCUUUCUUUCUUUCUUUCUUUCUUUCUUUCUUUCUUUCUUUAUGCGUGCUUUUUUUUCUUUCUUUCUUUCUUUCUUUCUUUCUUUCUUUCUUUCUUUCUUUCUUUCUUUCUUUCUUUCUUUCACCAUACUUGAUUUUUCACCCAAUCAUUUACCGAUUUACUCUUAUUUUUUUCAUAAAUAUCUUUUUCAUAAAUAUAGUCUUGCUCUCCCCCUCCCAUUUCUUUUUCUCGUGCUUCGUUUUCUUCUUCUUUUUCUUCUUCUUGCUUUUGUCGUUACUCCUCCUCCUCCUACUAGUACUGAUAAUAAUGAUAGUAAAAUUAAUAUUAUGCUUCCUUUCUAUUUCUUCUUUUCUUCCUCCUUUACUUCUAUUUCUUCUUUUUCACUUCUUUUGAUGUCUAUUAACAUAUAUAUUAUUGCUUUCAUUUCAUCCUUUUUCUUCUUCUUCUAUGAUUAUUAUUAUUAUUAUUAUUAUUAUUAUUAUUUGUAG